UUUCAUCAGUUGCGUCAAGGUUGUUGUUUUUUUUUUUGGGGGGGGGGGGGGGGGGGGGCAGUUGACGGACGUUAACGUUUAAAAUGACGGGUGGUGCGGGCGGUUCGGGGGGCACUGACUUUGUUCCUGCGAGCGAUGUGAAGAUGAACGAGCUGCGCAGGAAGUCGAGAGUGUGGCGUCAUGUGACGCAGGGUCAGAGGUUGGGAAUAUGGGAGAAGAGGCAUGCAUGUCUGGCAGGGGAAUUUGAGCGCGAUCCUGUGGAUGAGGUACAGGAGUUCCUGGAUGAGGAGGCCAGGCGAGCUGGGGGUAUGGAGGUGGGUGGAGGGACAAGCACAACACCGGAUUUGGAGGGGGAGGUGGUGGUCAUGACUGCGCGAGGGAGCAGUGCCGCUCACCAUCACGAGGGGGACGCAUUGGGCCGAGCGGGGAAGAGGCCGGUGGACAGUGGAGCUGAGGGCAUGUCGCAGGCGCGCAAGAGACAGCGGCAAUCCACUUUGGAUGAGGUGUACGAUCCAGAUGGGCAAGCCGCAUUCAGGGACUCCUUUUUGCAGUGGGCCUACGAUGCCGGUAUACCCUUUGCUGCUUUUAGGAGGCAGUUAUGGUAUAGGCACAAGAAGGCGUUGGCCGCCAUGCUUCGCGGAGUGCGGCCUAUCUAUCCGUCCUUCAAUGACAUUGGGGUUGGUAUUGAUGACCAGCGGGGAAAGGUUGCCGCCGUGUUGAGGGAGGUCCGUGGUUUGUUCGAGUCGGUGGGGGCCACCAUUUUGUUGGACGGUAGGCAAUUGCGAGACACGAGGCCUAUCGUCAACUUCCUCGCGGCCGCCAAGCGCGGCGCCCUCAUGCGUAACGCCUUGGAGGGCAUGCUUCAUGACGACGAGUGGCACAUCAUCCCAUGGGAGUCGUCGAAGCGUAGACAAGCUCUCUGGGCUCGGCAGGUCAUCCGGUGCGCCAAUUUCUGGCGCAACGUUCAGCAUGCUGUUACUGUCAUGACCCCUGUCCACCAGCCGUUGAGGAGAUUGGACAGAGGCGGCAUGAUCAUGUCCAUGAUUUACUCAUUGUCGCAGGAGUUGGUGCGGCAGGUGGCUGUUGCUGACGUCCCAGAUGACAUGCGGGGGCCGUGCGUGGAGGUGGUGCAGAUCCGCACCAUGCAUAUGCUUGAGCAUGCGCACGCUGCGGCGCACCUGCUCAAUCCCCGCAAGCCGUCUCUCCGUUACUACGAGUCCGUCCACAGGACAGCAGCGGACCUCGAGGUCGUUAUCGAGUGCGACUCGUUUCUGUUAGUGCAGACAGACAGUGAUCCGGCGGGGGAUACAUACUUGCGAGUGCGUGAGCAGAUGCAAUCCUUCCACGCCAGGCUCGGCUACACAACAGACAGGGUGACGAGGGAUGCCAACGCGGAGGCCUGUGUAGGGGACAAGGAGACGAGCAGGUGCGCGUCAUGGUGGGUGGAGCACGACGCAUGCUUCUCGGACUUGCAGGAGAUCGCUGGCCGUAUGAUGCACAUGUGGACGUCCGCCUCUCCUGCUGAGAGGAAUUGGGCAGAGCAUGAGCGCAUCCACACGGCCAAGCACAACAAGCUCAAGUUCAGGAAGGUCGUGCAGUUAGUUGAGAUUGCUACCAACCUCAAACUACUUGGAUGUAGCGAGUGGAGUGGGGGGUACGUUCUUCCGUGGGGCCACAUGGCGACCCUGGCUGAGGCGCACCCUGAGGAGUAUACACACGUCGUGGUUGACGACGAGGACGAGGAGGAGGAGCCUGAGCCAGAGGAGUGGGGAGCCCGACCUCAGUCGGCAGUGCCUGCAUACGAGAUCGGUGCACAACUUCGUCGAUUCCAACAACAGGGUUCUUGUCGUCCGGCGGGAGUUGGUGAGGUUUUCAGUGCCAGAGCCAAGACACUGCAUCCUUACGACUAUACGCCUCCACCGCCAGCACAGCCGGCGCAGGCAUUGGAGCAGCAGUCGGACACGGACGGCGUUGAGGAUUUGUCAGUUGGUGUAGAUAAGAGUGCCGAGAGACUCUACUACACAUGCGGUGGAGGACCAGACGGUUUUCAGUCACAAUGCACCUUCAUUCGGAAGAGCGAGGACAAUUCCUUCCCCGCUACGGAUAGUAGAGACGCGAACCUGGCAGAGCGGCAGCGUACUUGGGACUUGGAGACCGGUGCUGCAGUACCUGAUCCGAGCGGGGUGGAGCAUCGUGAUCCCACAGUCCCGCAUCCAUUCGCACAUGACCCUGUAGAGACUGAGGAGCAUGUUGAUCCGGCCGUGACGGAGCAUGGAGAUCCGGCCGUGGCAGAGCAUGGAGAUCCGACCAUGUCCGACAUCGUACUUGGAUUUUGUGUGGCGGGCACGUUGGAGCCUGAUCAUGCAGUGCCUGAGAAGGCAGUUCGUACGGAGGGCGAUUUUGGCGAGCAUCGGGACGGAGACCGUGGACCCAGUGCGGAGGCCGAUGAUGGGGCGGAUACUGCAGGGUGACUUUCAAUGUCGCCUAGUGCCGGUCCAGGUCGAUCGUCACACGGCCCCAUUGGGAAUG